AGUUGCAGGGCCAAUAUGCCGCAGGGUGGAAAUGCUCAUCUUCCUCAUCCUCAUCAUAGGGAUGUGCGUGUACGGACAGGACCCGGCGUCCAAGGUGGUGUCCGACCGCUACGCAGUCUUCUGGAACCGGACCACCCCAAGUUUUAUCGUGGAGAUUACCACAUCGACGUGUGCAUCAACGACUACCUGGACAUCUACUGUCCGCACUACAUGAACCCGGUGUCGGACGAACGGGCCGAGCGCUACAUCCUCUUCAUGGUCAACUACGACGGCUACACCUCCUGCGACUACACGGCCAAAGGCUUCAAACGCUGGGAAUGUAACCGGCCUCUGUCGCCCAACGGACCGCUCAAGUUCUCCGAGAAGUUCCAGCUGUUCACGCCGUUCUCGUUAGGCUUCGAGUUCCGUCCAGGCCGAGAAUACUAUUACAUCUCCUCCAUGACCGACGAUAAAGGACGACGGAGCUGCCUUCGACUCAAAGUGUUCGUCCGGCCUCCGAACAAUUGUGUGAAAAGCUCCGGCAGCGUUGAGGAAGGAGAGACUGAUCAAAGCAACUACCUAGAACCCAGAGACGGUACCAGUCACGAGCCGCCCGAGCCGUCUCGAAGGGACGUCAACUCCGUCGGCCGGCGUCAGGCCUCCGUCGUCCUUCUCAGCUCCGCCCUCGCACUCCUGGCAGCCAUCUUGUCUUUAUAGCGCCCAGGAACGGACUGUCCCGAUAGGACCGCCCUAUGCCCCACCCCCUACUACCCCGUAGCCCCUCCCCUCAAGGAGCACUUUUUACAGAGAAAAAAACACUGACGUCUCUACGUGAGAAAGAGACGGAGCAGGACUUCGACACUGAAGCCUUUGUUGAUGUUGUUUUGUUUUUGUUUGUUUUUUAACUCUGAAAAACGCCAAUUAGUGUGAUUCUGGACUUUUCCGGCGGGCGCUGACGAUGGAGGAGGCAAAGUCUCUUCUUCGAGUCGCCACCAGUAUGCAGACGUUCGACCUUUUCCACGAUACAGACGAGCACAUACAUGCUUCAGAUCAACACAAUCACUCGUCUGUUGCUCAAACGGCUGGUGAAGCACAGCGGGAUCCCUGAUAAAAAAAAAAAAAAAAGACAAAAUAUAGAAAAGGAAAGAAAGAAGGAAAGUUUACAGACUUUUUUUAACAUCAUUUUUUGUUCCGGAGCAUCACCCACCCCAACAUGUAACACCACUCAGUCUCACGGAAAAAGUGAAGGAAGCAAAGCAUCACAUGCAGAAAGGGGGGAAAAAAAAGAAAAUAGAAAGGAUGCUGUUGCUAGGAGACCGAGGGGAUGCUGGGGAUAAUGGGCGGGUCUUUCAUGACUUCCACUCAGGUUAAAACGGAGCCGGAUUGGUUGCCUCAGACUGUGGUGGAGAGUAAAAAAAAAAAAAAAAAAGAAGAAAGGAAAAAAUAACAAAAGAAUACAGAAGAAGCACUCAUCUUUUAGCAAUUUAACAAUUAAUUAAAUUUUUUUUUUAAUAAACCACAUAAUUCAAUUGUAGCAGCCGACACAGGUGUACAGUAUAAUAUUUGACGGAGUGUAGAAGUGGAUUUUGCGAAGUGGCAAAAUGUAUUUUCCUAUUUAUUGUGAUGUCCUCGUGCUUUUUUCUCCCCCCCCUCCCCCUCCCCCGUUCUGGUUUAGUCUGAAAUAUGGUAGAAAGGCAAUAAAAAUGCACAAAACGUUAGCUCAUAUUACUCACAGUUCAUUUGAUACAAUCAUACGAGUUACAGUCGGUGCAUCCGCUGGGAUCGAUGGCUGCAUUAAGUGAAUGGUUUUUCAUUGUUUUUAACAGGAAGAGAAAAAAAAAAAAGAGUCUGAUGUGCUUAUCAGGGUGUAGAAAUCGUAGGAUAUUUGUGUUUUUUGUCAUUAACGAAUGUCACAAAUGUAGUUUGACUAUUAUUACACUAUUGCUUUUUGUGAAUCACUGUCAUAACACGACUGUUGUAUAUAUAGAAAAAGGCAGAUUUUCCGACAAAGUUCAGGGAUGUGAAAAAAUGGUUUAAUGUUGGAUGAAGCAGCACAAGUUUGCAGAGCAGGUGGAGGGAGGGGGUCGGUGUGUGCGUGACCCCCCCACCCCCCCAGCUCCACCUCCCGGGCUUUGAUGCAGUGUAAAGUGGCGUCUGUGCAGAAAAUACACCGGGGGCCUCGUACCUCGGUUAUUUCUGGAAUGAAAAAUCGACCACCAGGAGGGACGGGGUAAACGGAGCGAGGUGUCCUGUUCUCUGAAACUCGAGCGACGGGACGCUUUGUAGUGCUCCAGCUGAGAUCAAUAGGCCUCUUCAUCGUCGUCGUCUUCUUCUUCUUCUUCUUCUCGUGUGGCGGCAGUAAACAUAUCUUUUCCACCUGCUCUCAGCUGCACCGGUACAGUUACAGAACUGUGACAUUCAAGGAAAAGUCCAGUGAUUUUCUCUACUUUUGUUACCGUUCAGUGAAUUCAUCCUCCAGACAGUAUUAUCUAGUUUAUCGUAUCGGUCUGCGUC